AUGGAAGAACUGACAAAACAAAUAAUGGGGCUACAAAAAACGGUGACACACCUGAAAACAAACCUCAAAUUCUGGAUUAGUCAUGAAAUAAAAAAUGUUAUAAGAAACAACCCAAAUAGUUCUAAAACAGGUGAGAAACGAGGAGGAGAUGAAAAUAAUGAUAACACAAAGAAGAGAAACAGUCAUAUGGGAAUGCAAAAAAGCAAACAGCAAAAAGAAAAUGACUCUUAG